AUGGGCAACGAAAGGCUUGAUUCAGGCGCGUCUGGCAUGGACGACGCAUCUCAUACAUCAAAGAAGGACACCGACGUGAUGCACGAAGAGCACCCGCGGCCGGGAGGUCUCUCUGCGGACGAUGUGGAAUUUCUCGCCAACUUUACAGAGGACCAGAGAAAGCGUGUCCUUCGUAAAGUAGAUGUGCGGCUCAUCCCUAUGCUCCUCAUUCUCUACCUCAUUGCCUACCUCGACAAGACAAACAUUGGCAAUGCCAAAAUCGAGGGCCUCCUGGACAGUCUGCAUAUGAACGGCGACCAGUACAACAUCGCCCUAUCCAUCUUCUUUAUACCAUAUGUCCUAGCAGAGGUUCCCAGCAACAUGAUCCUGAACAUGUGCAAGCGACCGUCGUAUUAUCUUGGAGCACUUGUUGUUAUCUGGGGCAUUACCAUGACAUGCACCGGUUUGGUGACCAAUUUUGCUGGUCUUGUCGUGGUGCGAUUCUUUCUUGGACUUUUUGAAGCCGGCUUCUUCCCCGGCGCCAUCAUGAUUAUCUCUCGAUGGUAUCUUCCCGAAGAAACGCAGAAACGAAUUGCAAUCCUGUACACAUCAGCGGCCACGGGUGGUGCAUUUUCGGGACUGUUGGCCUUUGCUCUGUCCAAGAUGGACGGCGUUGGAGGAUACAGAGGUUGGCAGUGGAUCUUCAUCAUCGAAGGUCUGGCCACUGUCUUGUUAGGCGUCGCCUGUUUCUUUGUCUUACUCGACUCCCCUGCCCACUCUCGAAGCUUAGCCCCUGACGAGGUCCGCUAUCUCGAGAUUCGCCAGAUCGCCCGGCGCACCUAUGUGCCGACUGGUCGUGAAAAGAGUUUUGACUGGAAGGCCCUGUGGUCCAUCCUCGCCGACCCGAAACUAUACCUAUUUAUCCUCGUCAACUGGUCUCAGGGUGUGCCGACAUACGGGCUUAAGUUCAGCUUGCCCACUAUUAUCCAGAGUAUGGGCUUCACGUCGGCCAAUGCGCAGCUUCUGACCAUUCCACCGUACGCCUGUGGAGGGAUUUCUGCCUUUGCGUUGUCGUAUUGGGCAGACCGGUCAGCGUGGCGCAUGCCGUUUAUCGUCGGCCCGCAGAUAUUCGUUGUCACCGGGUUUGCGAUUCUCUUCAGUUACGCCGCCGAGAUUAAGACGCACAUCGCAUUGUGCUACGUUGCUGUGUGCCUAGCCUGUUUUGGAAUGUACCCCAUAUUCCCCGGCGUCCAGGCGUGGAACCUUGUCAACACGGCUGGUCCCAUCAAGCGCGGCAUCAGCAUUGGCGUUUUGGUCUGUGCCGGUAACAUUGGCGGCGUCGUCGGCAGUUACAUCUACAAGGAGGAGGAGGCCCCGCGCUACCCGACCGGCUACGGGACCUCUCUGGCCUUUGGUGCUGCGGGCCUUGUUGCCGCUCUGGUGCUUGAGUACGUCUUUUGGAAAAUCAAUCUGCGUGACGCACAGUGGACCGAGGAGGAGAUCCGCGAAAAGUACUCCGACGAGGAGCUGGAGCGCAUGGGUGAUAAGAGCCCGCUGUACAAAUAUAGUCUGUAA